AACGUCAUAAGGCUGCGCCGCUAUCCUGAAUCUGUUGUGUUUCGACCAAAGGAAGGACGAAGUGGCUGAAAACACACACAAACUCCUGGUGAAGCAGCCAAGAUCCACGUGAGAAACUUUUAUAAAGAUGAUGUUUAUUAAAGAGGAGAGUGAAGAUGUGAGGAUUGAAGAAACAUUCAGAGUCAAACAAGAAUACACUGAGGAACAAACAGACCUGAUGUCACUGAAAAAAGAGAGUCAAGCACUGGAUGAAAUGGAAAACAAAGAACAUCAUGAUUUCAAAACCAGAGAAAAUUUUUGUAUCUCACAGACUAAAAAGACUACAGGAAAACGAGCUCCGAAAACCGGAGCAAGAAGUAAAUUCACCUGCCAACACUGUGGAAAAAUUUUUACUGAAAAAAUAAACCUUGAAGUUCAUAUGAGGAUUCACACUGGAGAAAAGCCUUACAAAUGCUCUCAAUGUGGAAAGGGUUUCAAACAUAAACAAACUCUUAAUGCCCACAUUAAAAUUCACACAGGAGAGAAGCUAUACCCCUGCCAACAGUGUGGAAGGAGUUUCAAUCUAAAAGGAAACCUUGAAAUCCACAUGAGGAUUCACACUGGAGAAAAGCCUUACACCUGCAAACUGUGUGGAAAAAGUUUUGUUAUAAAAGCAACCCUUCAAAGGCACAUGAUGAUUCAUACUGGAGAAAAGCCUCACACCUGCAAACUGUGUGGAAGGGGUUUCAUUAGAAAAUCAGACCUUGAGGUCCACAUGAGAAUUCACACUGGAGAGAAGCCUUACACAUGCCCUCAGUGUGGAAAGAGUUUUACACGUCAAUAUACUCUUAAAGCCCACAUAAGAAUUCACACUGGAGAGAAGCCAUACAACUGCCAACAGUGUGGAAAGAGUUUUACACGUAAACAAACUCUUAAAGACCACAUGAAAAUUCACAGUGGAGAGAAAUAUUCCAACUGCCAACAGUUUCAGAUGUAAAAAAUUACUAAAUAACCAUAUAAGGUAUCAUUCGAUAAAAUGAAUUUGUCAUCAGUAAAAAGUUUCACAGAAAGGAAGCACUGUAAGGAUCAUGUAAUAACUCAUAUCAGAAAAAAAAUAAUUCAUUGUGCUUCACUGUGGAAAACUGGAAAAAGAGACAAAACAAACCUUGAUAUUUACUUGAGAACUUUUACAUGCGGUCACGGAGUGACUCACAGAGUUUCAGAUCCAAAUAAAAAUUAACUGUCACAUGAUUAGGGAUGGGUACUGAGAACUGGUAUUUUUUUGGACCGAAUUGGGUCGAUUCCGUACGCUGGACAAACGAUACUGAUGUUGAUACUUACGUUGUUUUAUCUUUUAAUUCUGUCAUUAUUUACUCAGUCAUGUUGUACCAGACAUGUAUAAAUGUGUAUUUAUUCUUGUGCUGAACACAAAAUAAUAUAUUUUGAAGAAUGUGGUUAAGCAAAGAAUUGCUGGUCCCCACUGACUGGGGACCAGCAACUGUUUAGUUUCCCACGUUCUUCAAAAUAACUGAUGUACAACAGAAGAAGAAACUCAUUCAGAUUUGAGAGUGAGUAAAUGAUGACACAUUUUGUGCAAACUAUUCAUUUAAUGUUGAUGAAAUAAAACACAAAUAGAAAAAUAACUGACUGUCAAGUUCAGCACUAAUAACAUAAAUUAAAAUUUUCAACAACCUCAUAUCUUUUUGCACCUAACAGUAUCGAUUAAAGUAUCAAUUUGUAUCGGUAUUGAUAAAAUGUAAACGACACCCUUCCCUACACAUGAGGCUUCACACUAGGGCAGUAAUGAUUAGAGACUCUGACUUGUAACCCGAAAUUGUUACAAUCAGGGUCUUGUAGGCAAGGUUGGAUCCAAUUGCAGCUUUAUUGAAACAAAGGGCAUAGUCAGACAGGCAAAGGUUGUAUACCAGCAAACAAUGUCCAGAGGGCAAGGCAAAAGAAUAAUCCAAAAGUCAUGGGGAAGGUGUUGCCUAGUGGUUAAAGAGUUUGACUCCUACCCUUAAGGUUGUGGGUUCGAGUCUUGGGCCGGCAAUUCCACGACUUGGGUGUCCUUGAGCAAGUCACUGAACACCCAACUACUCCCCAGGCACCGCAGCAUAAAUGGCUGUCCACUGCUCAGGGUGUGUGUUCACUGUUGUGUGUGCACACUUUGGAUGGGUUAAAUGCAGAGCACGAAUUCUGAGUAUGGGUCAGUAUGAGUAUGGUUGUAUGUCACGGCUCUUCACUUCAACAGGCAAUCGAUAAAGGCAAGCAGCAAAAGAUCAGAGGCGAGAUAAAUAGGCUAGGGUCAGAACAACAAGACUAGAAAACGGAGUACAAGGCUAAACAAUAAUUAGCAAAGUCUGUGUGGAUGUGUGCAACCUUUAUAGUGCGAGACUGAUGACGCGAUGAGAAACAGGUGAUUGCAAUUGAUGAGUCCUGGCAAAGGAUUAUGGGAAAUGAAUAAUGAGUCUGGAAUGGAGUGCCCUCUAAUGAAGCUCACAGGCACUCCAGCUAGAGAUCGUGACAGAAAUGUUGCGGGUUCUAGAAUUGUCAGUGGGGGGAAGUGAAUGACUGAGGUGAGACCAUUGAGCAUGGCACCGAACCCACUACUGCUCCCCGUGUGUCACAGCAAUGUGGCUGCCCACUGCUCCGGGUGUGUGUUCACAGUUUCUGUGGGUGUGUGUCCACUACCGUGGAUGGGUUAAAUGCAGAGUACAAAUUCUGAGUAUGGGUCACCAUACUUGGCCACACUUCACUUGACUGAAGAAAAGUCAUUUACUUGUCUUAAAGGUAUAAUUAUUAAAGUCUUCAAUUAUUCACUUUUAAGUUGUUCUAAACUUAUAUAACCCCCUAAUAGGACAUACAUGGACACACCUGCUGACGUCACUUGAAAUACUCUUAGGAUGUUGGCGGGUGUUUGAGAUGAAUCUAUGUGUAGUAGAAAAAGCUUCUAUAAUAAGGUGUUGAGUGAUUUUAUUUUUCAAAAUAAUGUGUUUAUUUCUUUUCUUAUCAGUCUUUUAAUUUGCCCCAUUAGGUUUUUUUUUUGUCAAUUUGUUUGAAAAGGUGGUGCCCUUUGAUUUCAUUAUAAAUAAUGUAAAUAUUUCCAGGUUCAUAACUGAGGUGGUGUUUUAGAAUGCCUGUGAUUGCUGUAAACAGGAAGUCGGGAAGUCCAUCCUAAUUUAUUUUCUUUACUUUUUCCGUAGGUCAAGUAGGGAUUAUGUUUUUAUUAAGUAGAAUAUUUUGUUUGUUGUUUUGGAUUUUAAGGGGAAGUCACACUGCACUUUUUGUUCCAUUGACUUCCAUUCAUACGCAUGCGAAAGCGUCAGACCGGAAAUGCAGGCUCAUGCGAAAAAUUUCACAUUUCGCUGCGUUCGAAAGUUCAAGUUUGGUGAACUCUGACCUGCGAAUUCGCAUCACGUGAAGUCGUGUGACCAGUAGAUUAUCGAUACUGCAUGACCUCUCUGUACAGAAAUUACAAAUUGAAGGAAGUGAUAAUUUUAGCCGUAGCGCAGCAUCCUAUUUUAUAUAAUACAUAUUUAAAAGAUAAUAUAAAAAGAAGCUGCAUGGUUCGCAGUGUCAAUGGAAACAGGAACCGAUGGUACAUCUGAAUGAGGACCAUAUUCGCAGCGGUAUCCGAAAUAAUUUGGCACGUUCAAUGGCUAGUGUAACCACCCCUUUACCAGUUCUGCGAUUCAUAUUUGAAUGGUGUAAAAGAGAAACAAAACAACUCAUGGAAACAGUAAAAGCAGUUCAUUGAUGUCCAAGUCAUUUUCAUGUCAAGCUAACAGCUAACAUUAACAUUUAAGACAUUUAAAACAAUUAAAUGUCAAAACUCACUUUCAAACACCAGCAAAUAUCUGAAUUAACUUACGUUUGCGGCCCAAUGGGAUUUGACCACCAUAUGACACUGUAUUUUAUGUGAAGCUAAAUACUAUUUAUGCUAUCCAUCACCAUUAUAUAUGAUAUAUCUGCUUAUGGAAAUACCCAACACCACUUUAAGAUCUUGUACAAAUCAUAUAUGAUUAUAAGCAUUUAUUCAUUUGUUUUCAUAUUUGUUCUGUCUUUGUUGAUACUGGACCACUGCGAUUGAAUGUGUAAGUGUGUUUGAUUUUUAAAUGAAAUAAUGAUAAAUAUUAGCUUGAUUUAGCAUGCUGACACAAAUGAAUAAAUGGCUAUUUGUACUGUAAA